AAAAUGUGGCAAAUGGACAUUCAGUCGAGACAGACAAGAACAGCAGUUCCCGUUGUACUUUCUUCAGUGCAGACCCGAGUGACUACCGAUGUGUGAGUAGUUGAGACAGAGGCGAGGAGAGGGCCAGGUGGUCGGAUGUGUUCUGUGAUGUAGCUAUAAUGAAAUGUAGUUCUGGUCUGUAAAAUAUAUCGAGUAAAAGUUUAUGAAGCAAGUUCAGCCAUAGCUAGGCAAAGAAUAACAAUGACUGGUCACAAUAUCUCAAACCUAGUCCGGUUCAAAACAAAACAAAAGGCAGUUAGCCCAAAGAGUCGGCUCUUAAUGGUGAGUUGAGCCAGAUGAGCUGACUCACAGAGAAGAACCGGAAGUGACAUAACGGUCUGUGCUAACCCUCGGCAGCUGUGGGCGUGGUCUAUGUAUGUAUGUAUGUAUGUAUGUAUGUAUAUAGGAAAGCGCGCUCUCUCCACGGUUUUAAUUUAACAAUUGACUAAACGCUAAAUUAAGUGAAAUUUUACUCAAUUUCACUUAAGUUUAAUAUUUUAAAUUACUCGGGUGUGGGGUUUAAUAUUGUAAAUUAGCUGGGGGUGGAGUUUAAUAUUUUUAAUUAUCUGGGUGGGAGGUGUGGGGGUUAAUAUUUUAAAAUGACCUGGGUGUGGGGUUUAAUAUUGUAAAUUACCUGGUGGUGGGGUUUAACAUCGUAAAUUACCCUUGGGGGAGCUGGAUAGGGAGGAAUUAAAAUGUUGAAAAUGAAUUAUUUCAAGAGCAACACUUCUUCCACUGCCAGAUUCAUCAUGGCAGAGACACUGACACUCCGUGUGGUUGAAUUCAUUCCAGUUUAUAGUUUUUAAUCAGAGUUUAAGACCUUUUAGUCAAGUUGCAAUCAAGUGUUUAAAUGCUGCGGCACGACUUGUAUUUAAAUAAAAGAUCAACAAAUCCUAGCUCUAUGGCAUGUUUAAUAAAAUCCUUGACGGUGCCUCCAGCGUUUGACUAUUUGAUGUAACUAUUCUUUGGGAUGUAUAUAGAGUGUAAUGCAUUUUUUCAUUGCCAGUGAGAAUGGCAUCCUGAACAACACCACCAGGUCUAACUCUGGACACGAUCAGUCAACAGCUGAGGCAUCAAUAUGUACUAAAUGUGUACAGAAUAAUUGGCCUGUACAGCUCCCGGAAGCCACACCUCAGCACGAGCUGUCGAUGAACCUGUCAUUCAACAUUUUUACUGCUUGAGUGAAUGUGUUCUGGUCAGCUCUGAAAAAUGAAACCGUGUGGUCAGUGAAGCGACUUUAAACCCAAAGCAAGCGCUGGGUCUCUGGACAGAGGGAUGUGAUUCUUACGGUGAAGAGAGCCACCGGGGCAUUUUCUCUGGUUGCAUGCCUCAUUAUGUUAUUUGUGGUAUGGCUGCUUCGCCGAUACAGCUCCUUGGCUCAGAAAAUGGUCGUCAGUCUAACCGUAGCAGCGUUCUUCGACAGUGUCGCGUACGUCAUGGGAGAGUCUCACCCCGAGGGCGCUCUGUGUGACUUCCAAGCCUGGUGGCUAACAUAUUUUGACUGGAGUGCUCUGGCCUGGGUAUGUCUCAUCACUCUGAAUCUUUACCUGAACCUGGUCAGGGAGAUCAGGACUGAACAUUAUGAGAUACCGUACCAUAUUGUAGCAUGGGGGAUCCCUCUUCUUAUGUCCAUUCUUCCCUUGAUGAAGGGGUAUUACGGUCCAGCUGGAGCCUGGUGCUGGAUCACGGACGAUCACGUGGCGUGGAGAUUUGGCAUAUGGUACAUCCCGCUCUUCACCCUCAUCUUCCUCAUGAGCUGCUGUUAUGUACGAAUCAUCUAUGUGGCCAAUAAGAGGAUGCAGUCCUGGUUUGGCACCUUUAACCCGGAGAGGGAGAGGAGGAAGAUGUCUCUAGUUGAGGAAAUCCGGCCUCUGAAAUGGUAUCCCUCAGUAUAUCUGCUGGUCUCCAUCUUCCCGCUCUUAAAUCGGCUUCAUAACGCCGUGUAUCCCGAGGACCCCGUGUUCUCCCUGACGCUCCUACACGUGCUUAGCGCUCCUCUGCAUGGCCUGGCGAACGCGUUUGUUUUUAGCAAGGACACCUGGAGUCAGCUCAGCAAUACUGGAAUCAAACUGGCCCUUCAGUCUCGACUGUGUGACAGCACCAGGAUCGGCGAGUAUCACCCAGCUAACGUGAGAUACACGGUAGCGCUCGAGUCGGAGUCGGACGACGACGAUAACAACGUCCUCUUCUACAGCCCUGACAUGAACCUGAAGGACCGAGGACCCUGAUGUGCGUGUAUUAUAGCACAUUUACAGUUCACACUCCUUGCCUUUAAAGGACGUACCGCUCUUCCAUUUCUCCUAUCGCGGUGUUGUGUUAAAUGAAAAUGAUACAGAAAAAAAGAAGUGUUUUUUACAAUCAUAAAAUCCCUCUUUUCCACUUAACUAUUUCAGUAUUUUCUUGAUUUCGCUAUAUUUCUGUUCAUAUUGUAAAUGCGAUGCAAGGUGAGCACUUUAAGUUAAUAUCCUCAGUAUUGAUAGCUUUAUUAGUUCGAGAGUUGCUUUUAAACAUCUCUAAAGCUGUACAGUUUGUGUAUUUGGAUGUUCUUAUGUUAUCUUAUGUUUUGACUGUUUAUUAUUUAUGAAAAUGUACAGAGUGUCUGCUAUAUUUUUGUACCAUUUUCAUAUAAUUUAAAUAAAUAAAUAAAAAGGUUAAUACACACUGAUGUGUAUAUCGAUGUCUUUUUGUGUCGUCACAAUGGCUCGAGGUAAUUGGAAGUCGUUUUGGACAGAAGUGGCUUCUGGAUUCCAGGGUUGUGGCUUCGAUGCUGAGCUUGGGUUAGUGUCUGUGUGGAGUUUAACAUGUUCUUUGUGCGUUUUGUGGUGGCUUCCUCACGAAAACAUCCCAGAUAUAUGAAAUAUGAUCAUCUCAAAUUUGCGAUUUCUCAAAAAGUGUGUGAAUCAAUGUGUACAGGUGCAUCUCAAAAAAUUAUUGUUGAAAAGUUCUUUUUUUUUUUUUUACUGUAAUUUAAUCCAAAAAGUGGAACUUUCAUAUUUUCUGGAUUCAUUAUACAUGAAGUGAAAUAUUUCAAGCCUUUUUAUUUGUUUUAAUCUCGACGCUUACAGCUCACGGAAAUCAAAAAUCCAAAAUGUCGACCUUCUGAAAAGUAUGUUUAUGAAAAUUUAUGCGCUCGAUACUCGGUCGGGGCUUUAAUCCUUUUGCAUGAAUUACUGCAUCCAUGCGACGUGGCAUGGAGGCGAUCAGCCUGUGGCACUGCUGAGGUGUUCUGGAAGUCCAGGUUGCUUUGAUAGCGGCCUUCAGCUCGUCUGUAUUGUUGGGUCUGGUGUCUCUCAUAGAUUCUCUAUGGGGUUCGGGUCGGGCGAGUCGGUUGGACAAUCUAGCACAGUAAUACCAUGGUCAGUAAACCAGUUACUAGUAGUUUUGGCACUGUGGGCAGGUGCAGAGUCCUGCUGGAAAAGGAAAUCAGCAUCUCCAUAAAUCUCGUCAGCAGAUGGAAGCAUGAAGUGCUCCACAAUCUCCUGGUAGAUGCUGCAUCGACUCUCGACUUGAGAAAACACAGUACACCAACACCAGCAGAUGAUACGGCACCUCAAAUCAUCACUGACUGUGGAAACGUCACACUGGACUUCAAGCAGCUUGGAUUCUGUUCCUCUCCACUCUUCCUCCAGACUCUGGGACCUUGAUUUCCAAAUGAAAUGCAACAUUGACUUCCAUCUUUCUCAUGAUUGUGGUUGUGUACUGAACCAGACAGAGAGAUUAAAGCCUCAGGAAACCUUUGCAGGUGUUUUGAGUUAAUUAUCUGAUUAGAGUCUUCUCAGGUCGAUAUUUCUUAAGACAACACAGAUGGGAAGUUAAUAGACUAGUCAUGAUGACCUAGUCAUACUCAGAGACGUUACCGAACACUGCCAUCUUGUGGACACGUUCUGUUUUGAACACUUUUAUUACAUAAGAAUUGUAUAUAAACAAAAAUGACAUGCUUUGAAACUGAUACUCGCUGCUAUGCCUUAAUUAGUUCAUUCAUUCAUUAAAAUACUUUAGACAGCUGCCUUGAUGCGCAUUCGGAGAAGCUAAUGUGUUUGCAGUUUGAAAGAGAGCUCUCUUGAUUGGCUGUGCUGCAGCUCGCGCCCUAUCGCGAUUGGCUGUAAGGGGAAAUGAUCGUGACGUAAUUCAGUUCCAUAACAAGGGCGUCGACAAACCCGGAAGUAACCGAGACUGGAACAUUCAGUACAGUCAAAACAACACAUACACUUCUCUCUUUACAUUUAUUCAUUUUCUUUCCGUUUAAAGAAAGAGAGCGACCCGUGGGCCUCCAUAAUGGUAUGACUUCUGAUAAAAGCUGGUGUCUACGUGGCACGGAAGAUCUCCUCCGCUGUCCGAGGAGAUGAGCAAAAAGACCAGCCUGUCCUCACGCCAUGUAGCCUAACCCAAGCUAAUAAGCGUCAGAGUCAGAAGCGGUUAACAGCGGAAAAGAUGUCAUCUCCAGACCUGGAUGAUGGCGCAGUGUGUGUGCCUCCAGCAGACACUGCAGUGCAGAAAUAUAGUUCCUGAGGUUAAAGGUCACGCCGGUGCAUUACUGGGUGCUAGACAGUAAAGCUACAUCCCCCUGAUUAACAAAACAGCUUUAUCCUUAACUAUCAAAUUUUAAGGCAGAUAUAUACUGUAUUCUACAAGUGCCUAAUCAGAAUGAUCAAGAUCUGGGAAUUUCCCAGUUAUAUCUAGAUUGUUUCCAAUAAACUACAAACAUUUGACAUUUCACUUAUUAAUUAUUCAUUAAUAAACUAAAAAGAAAUGAGGCCAAACCUUUUAAUAUAGGGUGCUCAAAAACAUUUAACCGGCAUUAUGCUGAUACUGACAUUAUAUUAAAUUAGAACACAUUCAUGGGGAAAAAAUUAAUUAAUGACCUUUAUAAACCCAGUUUGCCCUGCGUGACUGAUGGAUACUAGUCAUUGCCUUUCUCUCUCUCUCUCUCUCUCAGCUCAGCUGUAGAGUGUGAAGGUCUGUUCAUCAACCUCUGCUUCAGGGACUGUUCAGAUCUGAAAUUUUCCUACAGCUGUAAUAUUUAUAUUAAGAAAUGUUGGCUAUUGUAUGUAGCAUUUUACAUUAAAGAAGAGUAGAUAACAUGCAUAUAACGUCACGUUUUCAUACGUGGGGUGAAAAAUAAAAUUGCUUUAAAUCGG